AUGAUGGGGGAAGCAGAGACCCCCAAGUAUAUCAGAUAUAGUACGGUCACGGGCUUCUUCCAACAAGAUGACCCUGCUACAGAUGCAAGUACCUUUGACUACACAGCCACGAAUUUUGGCUUGAUCAACCGAGAAUAUAGUACAGAUGCAGAGUAUGAUCCGGAUCGUAAAAAGACUCAAUGGCAGCGAUUUGAGUUUCAAGUCUAUCGACUCAAUGAAGAGAGCGGACCUCAAGUCCAGUACAAAGUCCUCUAUAUGGGCCGGCACGGGGAAGGCUAUCACAAUGCCGCUGAGUCCUACUACGGCACUCCAGCAUGGGACUGCUACUGGUCCACAAAAGACGGCAACGAUACCGUGACCUGGGCCGACGCCCACCUCACACCGGCCGGCAUCUUGCAAGCCCUCAAAGCCAACACCUUCUGGGCCCAAAUGAUCAGCACCCAGAAGAUUCCCACGCCGGAAUCCUACUACGCCAGUCCUCUCACGCGCUGUCUCCAAACCGCUUUCCACACCUUCUCCAACCUCAGCCUGCCUGCUGACCGUCCCUUCAUCCCCCAGAUCAAAGAGCUCUUCCGAGAAGAGAUCGGAGUCCAUACCUGCGAUCGGCGAAGCAGCAAGUCUUACAUUCAACAGCAUUAUCCGACCUGCACUUUCGAGGACGGCUUUGCUGAGGAGGAUCCCUUGUGGACUCCUGAUGUGAGGGAGACGGCGGAUGCGCAAGAUGCUAGGACUAAGACUGUGCUUGAUGAUGUUUUUGGCAAUGAUACGAACACGUAUAUCAGUAUAAGCAGUCACUCGGGGGAGAUUGCGUCGAUCUUGAGAGUGAUUGGGCACAGAACUUUCAGUUUAGGUACCGGCCAGGUGAUUCCAGUUUUGGUGAGGGCAGAGACUGUUGAUGGGACGGCACCAUCAAGCUCAAUAGCGCCAUCUUCAACGGUGUCUACAUGUACAGCGCCUCCGGCAACAUCCACAUUAUGA